AUGGCUCCCCAUGCACCUCCUCCGACUGGUCGCGUCAAGUCGCCCACUUCGCCCCUCUCGGCCACCACGUCCUCGUUCCCGAUUUCCGAGGAUACCGGGGCAUGUCGGACGCUGAGAACCUCACCGAUGUCGUCGCGAUUGGACACGACUGACCCUGCGUUGCUGAAGCCGUCGGUUCUGUCAGAGGAACCGCGCUUGUGUCGGCGCUGGUUCACCACUUCCAGCACCGCUUCCGUGCGUUCGUGUGGCUCGCGGCCGCGUAUUUCCCGUGCAACCCGCAUGCGGUUCGACCUCGAGCGGAUGUGCGCGACGCUCAAGAAGGCUAGCGGGAGCGAGCACUGCCGAUACUGGAAGCUCUUGACCGCCCCACGCGCCGGCGCGAGGCUCGUUGAGGAAAAGGAAUACAAGCGCAUCCGCAGCGUUCUGCUGGAGGGAGGGAUGACGUCACCGGUCACCUGUUACCAAGUUGCCGCCAACAACGGAAACAUGGCCGGUCACAAGGCCUUCUUUCCGACAGCUCUCCUGGAGGAGCAGUGGCACGUCAAGAAGCCCGUGCUGUUCUCCGCGGCGACUCUCGGCCACGUCAGCCGCCACGCGCCGAACUAG